CUGGAUUAUAUUCGUUUGUUAAAAUGUGUCUACUUGCUGGGUAUUUGGGACCUGAUUUUCAGAGGUGCUGUACACAAACAACUCUCAUUAUAGUCCAUGAGACUGUGGGUUCUUGGCACCUCUGAAAAAGCAAGCUGUUAGGCAUGAAAGCAGAAUCCUAGCAGAGUAACUUGUUCUGUUUAUACCUAUUGGUCACUUUAGAGAAUAAAAUAAAGAUGUAAAGAUACAGCCAGUUACUUCAUCAAAGAGCUUUUUAUCAUUCAUGAGCAGGUGAGUCCUUGGAGGCAUGGAAUCUCCCCCCCGGCCCAUUGUAUGGACAUGCUUCAUUCUCCUGGCAUUGCCACUGCUCCUGGAUGCACAGGGCUCCUGUUCCCACGGUGCCUGCUACCCACCUGCGGGAGACCUGCUGAUAGGACGAAUCCAUCACUUAAAAGCCUCGUCGACAUGUGGCCUUGUGAAGCCCGAGACCUACUGCACAUCAUAUGAGGAAUGGAGGAUGAAAUGCUGCCGAUGUGACUCCCGAGUGCCUCGUACUCACAACAGUCACCGGGUGGAGAACGUACUUUCCUCCAAAGGACACAUGCACUGGUGGCAGUCCCAGAAUGACGUGAACCAAGUCUCCUUGCAGCUGGAUCUCGACAAAAAGUUCCAGCUGAGCAGCAUCAUGCUGGACUUCAGGGCACCUCUGCCUGUAGGGAUGCUGAUCGAGCGCUCCAUCGACUUUGGCGAGACCUGGACCAUCUAUCAGUACCUGGCCUCUGACUGCGCCGCCGCGUUUCCACGGAUCCCCCUAGGCUCCCCCCAGAGCUGGCACGAUGUGCGCUGUCAGGAACUGCGGACCCACCAGGGGCACCCUCUGCACGGGGGGAAGGUCAAAUUCAACCCCCUUGACCUGGCAUCCGGCAUCGCCGCAUCUCGCAGCCAAAGCAUCAGUAACCUGGGAGAGUUCACCAACCUGAGAGUUAACUUCACCCAGCUACCUCGCCUCCCGCAGCAGGGCUACCGCUCACCCAGCGCCUUCUAUGCUGUGACCGAAAUGCAAGUUCAGGGAAGCUGCUUCUGCCAUGGACACGCAGACCGCUGUACUUCCUCCAGGGCCCCGCCCACAGACUCCAGUGCCAUGAUGCAGGUUCAUGGGCACUGUGUGUGUCAGCACAACACCGCCGGCCCACACUGCGAUCGCUGUGCAGCUUUCUACAAUGACCAGCCUUGGAGACCCGCAGAAGACCGCAACCCCAAUGAAUGCCGGAGGUGCAAUUGCAAUGGUCACUCGGAGACGUGCCAUUUUGACCCAGCUGUGUACCAAGCCAGUGGUGGGGUGAGUGGAGGUGUGUGCGACGACUGUCAGCACAACACAGUGGGGAGGAACUGUGAACGCUGCAAGGCCUACUUUUUCCGCAACCAUCGACAAGAUGUCACCCAUCCAGAAGCCUGUCUGCCUUGCGAGUGUGAUCCGGACGGCACGGUGCCUGGGUCCAGCUGUGACCCUCUGAACGGACGCUGCGUUUGCAAGGAGAACGUGCAAGGGGACCGCUGCCAUCUCUGCAAGCCCAGAUUCACCCAGCUCACCAAUGCCAACCCCCUGGGAUGCCACAAAUGUGCCUGCAACAUCCUGGGGACACGCCAGGACGCACCCUGCGACGACGAAACAGGAAGGUGCUUCUGCCUGCCCAACGUGGUGGGAGCCAAUUGCGAUCAGUGCUCUGCCAAUCACUGGAAGAUCGCCAGUGGCCAAGGCUGUCAGCCGUGCAACUGCGACCCUCGCAACGCCUUCAGCCCCCAGUGUAACCAGUUCACAGGGCAGUGUCAGUGCCGGGAAGGCUUUGCGGGGCGUACCUGCUCUGCUGCCCACCUGCGGGUUUGUCCAGAUGGAUCCUACGGUGACAUCAGGACAGGAUGCAGAGAGUGUGACUGCAAUUUCCAGGGCAUGGAGGGGAUGGGAUGUGACAAGACCACAGGCAGCUGUCUCUGCCGCCCUGGCUUUACCGGGCCUCGCUGUGACCAGUGCCAGCGGGGUUACUGCAGCAACUACCCCCACUGCGAGACGUGCCACCCCUGCUUCCAGACCUACGACAGCGACAUUCGCCGGUUCGGCCUGCGCCAAGCCAGCCUGAGAAACUCCACCUCACGACUGCAGCUGGGUAUGGGGGGUGCUGGCUUCAGCACCCGCAUCUUGGAAGCGGAAGGCAAUGUUCAGCAGAUCCAGGGGAUCCUCGGCAACCCACUAGUGACAGAGCAGGGCCUGGGUCAGGUGUCCAGCAUGCUCACAGCAAUCAGACAGCAGGUCCAGGGCAUAAAUCCCAACCUACCCUUUGUGAUUGACACCUUCUCUCUAGCCAAUGAUCUCGAAGACCUGGACAAAAGCCUGCUUUCGAUUAACGGGCAGUACCAGAUUAAGAAGACCCAGUUUGAAGCCAGCCGCCGCACAGACCUUUCAGGAGCCUUCAAGACUGUCAGCUCUGCCUACCAGAGCUCCACCAACGCCAGUUACCGCAUAACGGGCACUUCCAGCCUGCUGACUCGAUCUAGGGAGAACCGGAGAACGACUGAGAGGCUGGAAAGCAGCUUUACAGACCACACCUCCAGGCUGGAGGCCCUCCAGGGCGAGAUGGCCUCCUCCCCCAACUUGACGCCAACUAUAAAUAAGAUUUGCAGUGGUGUCAGAUCCAAGGCCUGCACCCCUGGGCACUGUGACGGGGAGCUGUGUCCGCAGGACAGCACAAUGGAGUGCGGAACAGGCCUCAGCUGCAGAGGGAUCAUUCCGCUGUCACGGGGCGCAAUCAGAACUGCUGAGAAGACCACCAGAGAGCUCCAUGGCUUAAACACUCAGCUCCAGCAGACCAUGCAGAUGAUCAGGGCAGCAGAAACAGCUGCAAACCAAAUCCAAAGCAAUGCACGACGUCUCGGGGACCAAGUAAGUGUAACCAGGACCCAGAUAGAAGGAGACAUCCGACGCAUCCAGCAAUUUAUCCAGCAAGUCCGCAACUUCCUGUCAGACCCAGCCACUGACCCUGCUACCAUCCAGGAGGUCAGCGACUACGUGCUCUCACUCCGCCUCCCAACGGACACUGCUGCGGUCCUGAGGAAAAUGACUGAGAUCCGAAACCUGGCUGCUAAACUGCAGUGUCCUGAGAGCAUCCUCACCCAAACAGCUGGGGAUAUCGCUAAGGCCAAGAGGCUCCAGCAAGAGGCUGAACAGGCAAGGAACCGAGCAAACGCAGUAGAGGGCAACGUGGAAGAAGUGGUGGAGAAUUUGAGACAAGCAAACGCAGUGCUCCAGGAAGCCCAGGAUGCUAUCAGUGGCUCCAGCUAUUCCCUUCAGCUCAUCCAACUCCGCAUUGAUGAGAUCCAGGCUGUCCUUGUUCCAAUGGAGAAGAAUAUGAGAGACAUUACGGAUCAGCUGGACAGCUUCACGGAGAGAAUCCGCCAAUUACGGCACAAGGCGGAGCAGAAUCGGUUGCAGGCCACAGAUGCUCAGCAGAGAGCAAAAGAAGCCAGUGAAGAAGCAAGGAGCGCUCAGCAGGGAUUUGAACAGGUCAAACAAAAAUAUGCUGAGCUGAAGAGGCGGAUGGGACAGAAUUCAAAUCUGGGAGCCCAGGGCAGCAGGAUUCAAAGUAUCGACAUGGAGGCAAAAGCGCUCUUUGAAGAAACCUGGGCUAUGAUGCUCAGGAUGGAAACUAUAGAAAUGGAAAUUCAGAAAAGCAACAAUGCAUUAAUCGUCAAGUCAGCCAGCCUCGCAGGCCUGAAGGAGCAGGUGGAAAAGAUCAACAAUCAUAUCCAUGAACGAAUCACAUACUACACCAGUUGCUAAUCAAUGAGCUGCUGGGGCUCCAUCUCGCCAUGUAAUUGCAUUGUCUGCCUUCUGUUCGAACACUGACUGGGGGACUUAGUCCCAUCUCCUGGCUCGUAGAAGUUUCUUGUUCUCAAGGUCUUUGUCAAUAGACCUACUGUACCUUUAGAAAAUAGCUAGCAUGGAGCCAAAAAGAACAAGGUCCCUUAGGGAGAAUGAAUGUUAUGUAGCCUUGCUAAAGCCACACUGAGUGGCUCUAGGAAAGGGGGAAGAUGGAUCUAAUGUCAGUAACUAAUAAAGCCUUUUGGAAGGAGUUAUUUCUGCAUGAGGUUUGCCAACUUGACAGGGGAUGUUUAUUCAUUUUAGCACCUGGAUUUCACCUUUUGAAUGAAAACCUCAACUCUGGCCUUUUUUAAAAAAAUAACCUUUUCUGGUAUAUUGCAUUUAGUUCUUCAAAGAAAGUCAUAAGAGGGGCAGGAUGAAGGCCACAGCUAAAUAUAAGACCAUUCCCAGGAGUGGUUAACUGAGGUAAACACUAAAAGCCCUAUUUACACAAAUGUAAGAGCAGUGGUGCUCUAAGGUAGCGUUAAAUACCACCCAGAUUGACUUCGUCAGCACCUGCUUAUUUUCAAACAAUACUUUGCAGACAGAAGAGUGUAGGGAACAACUCUGCGCUGGCAGUGGGAAUUUGUCUUGGGAGAUUUAAGAGAGUACUUCCACCUCUAACCAAUCGUCACUUUACAAAAUAAAAGUCAGCUUUAUUAAGCACAGUGUUUAUUACACAAUUACAGACUUGGAAACAGGGAAUUCAGACCUCACUUUGAUUAUCAUCAGGCAUGUGGAGGAUGGUAGCAGGCUCUCUCCUUUCACAGCUUAAAAGGAAAACUGCACACCCAAGACAGGCCAUUGUUACUGGACGACUUCUUACAUCUGAGCUCCAGCCUGUUGAAGUCUUAACAGAGAGGUAUAGACUGUAAAAACUGCUGGGAUGCCUGUGACUAAAUAAACACCAUAUGGCUUUGCUUUAAAAGAAUUAUACUGUGCAGUACAUUUGUUACACAUUGAACAACUCCACAAUAUAUAUUAAGAACCAAGAUACAGCCUUGUGCAAUGAUGUAUGUGUCAUAUACAUGGAAGGUGCUAGCAGAAGCCUUGUGCCCAUACACCUCCCUUCUCUAAAGCAACUGCUCCAUGUUCUAGUGAGCCAGAUACUCUUCAAGGUUGUUGCUCUGAAGGAUUACUUAAGAGUAAAAAGUGUGCAGCUCUCCAACAAAUGGCCACUCUCCUUUGAGAAAAUGGCUCUCCAUCUGCUUCUGCCAGGAUUUAGUCUCCUCUCCUCUUGCUUGUGCUAUUGCUGUCUGGCUGUGAAGCGCAGAAAUGAGUAAAUCAGCCCUUCUGGAACAGGAGAGAGUUCAAAGUCACUAUUGGAAUUGUUUCAGUGGACAGUUCCUCCAGCACACAUUGCUUUAACAAACAGCACCAGGGCCAUCUUGGUUUCGUUAAUCUGUAGUUUAUAAAGGAUUAAUACAUUGAAAUAGACUCCAACAGGUUGAUAACCUUCUACUGAUGUGCAUAAAGCCACUUAUAACACAUAUGCUCAUGUCUAUCAUCUAUUAACCCUUUAUAUAAAAAUUGGAACCAUAAUAUAAGGCAGGGGUCGGCGACCUUUCAGAAGCAGUGUGCCGAGUCUUCAUUUAUUCACUCUAAUUUAAGGUUUCGCGUGCCGGUAAUACAUUUUAAUGUUUUUUAGAAGGUCUCUCUCUAUAAGUCUAUAUAUUAUAUAACUAAACUAUUGUUGUAUUGUAAAAUAAACAAGGUUUUCAAAAUG